AUGAUCGACCGAGCCUCAUCUGCCUUGCACAAGCUAGAACAUACGAUCCCCAUCCCCAAUCCACUGACGACUACUCCCUUCACCAAUACACAAAUCAAUUCAUCAAUUCAUCAAUUCAACAUGUCAACCUCAGACUUCGACAGUCGCAGUGACUCCUUUCGCAGCUCGACAUCAGCGACCGAUACUCCACAGACCAGUCGAUCAAUCCUUUUUGAUGAGGACUUCAGUGGAGUCUGGCACACAGAUCCGGAAUAUAUCCUAGUUGUUGGAGGCCUUGGAUAUAUUGGAAGUCACACAUGCCUAGAGUUGUUGAAGGCAGGGCACAAUAUCUUGAUCGUCGACAACCUCAGCAACUCUUUCCGAAGUGUGUAUGAUCGGAUAUCGACCCUUGCCAACAAGUACCACGACGAACGAUGCCAGCAAACACCUUUGAUGCGCCUAUGCGAAGCCGACUACCGCGACGAUGCAGCUAUCAGAGAGAUUUUGAGUUCAUAUGUCAAGCCGGCAAGUCUGCACGGCGAUGACACUGAAGACGCGCCCAUGCGGUCGUCGAUUAAGGGUGUGAUCCAUUUCGCCGCAUACAAAUCGGUUUCAGAGAGCAUUGCAAACCCUCUCAAGUACUACGCCAACAACGUCGCUGGAAUGAUCGAGUUCUGCUCUGUUCUAAGCAACUUCAACAUCAAGACAUUUGUCUUCUCCUCUUCAGCAACAGUGUACGGUACAGUCGCAAAUUCAGGUUUGCCUCUGCGGGAAGAAUAUUGUACUCAUCAGACUGAGUCCUUCGUCGAUUACGACGGCGCCACCAAGACGACUGAGGGAGGCUGCUCCGGUCUCACCAACCCAUAUGGACGAUCAAAAUGGAUGUGCGAAUCCAUUCUUUCCGACCUUGCUCAAGCAGACCCAGAGUGGACCAUCCUCGCCCUGCGUUACUUCAACCCUGUUGGCUGUGACGAAUCUGGGCUCCUCGGCGAGGACCCAAAGGGUAUUCCAACGAAUCUCAUGCCUGUGGUAGUGAGAGUCAUGACCGGAGUCUCCCCAGAACUCAACGUCUUCGGCACGGACUAUCCCACUCCAGACGGAACAGCUGUCCGAGACUUCAUCCACGUGACUGACCUUGCUUGUGGUCACGUUGCAGCGCUAUCUUCGGCAGCGGCUGGCUCCCUGCCCAAGGGAUUCCGAACCUACAAUCUAGGUAGCGGCAAGGGCUCAUCGGUCUAUGAAGUUGUCGGCGCUCUGGAAGCAGCUUCAUCAACAAAGAUCCCGAUGCGCAAGGUACCACGUCGCGAGGGUGACGUCGGGUCGUGUGUGGCGAUGCCGCAGAGGGCGGAGGUUGAACUCAAGUGGAAAACAAAGAAGUCGCUGGAAACGUGCUGUAGAGACAUCAUGAAUUUCCUGGCUCGUCAAAAGGAGGUGCAGGCCUGA